UGCGCGCACGCUGACGCGCGAACAGCAGCAGGAAGUCUGCUGAGGCAGGAGGCAGACAACCAGCAAAAGUCGACGAUGAUUCUGAGGAAAAAUCUCAGUAACCAUGCCUAAGUCGUGAAUCGUGCGCUUUGUGCACCUCCAUGCUGCGGGUACAGAGGCCGACUGAGGGUGAUUCCUCAGUGGCUGGUGUGAUCCUGCAGGAGUUCCCUCCUCAACCACCUCUCCAGGUGGGCCCUGAUUGACUGGACCUGGUCGCUGUGGGAAAAAAUGGCAGUCUUUACCCUCUAACCCCAGCUGUGUCCUCCCCUUCUCAUUAAUAUCACUGUUCAUUGUUGUGAUGUGAACCGUGAUUCCUGCCACCUGAGUUGCGUUAGAGUACUAUGGCAAUGCAUGAUAUGAGUCGUGCAAAGGGUUUCCCCUGUAAAGAGUGUGAUAUGGUUUGCCCGAGUACUCCAAGUCUUCUAGAGCAUAUGAAAGCACAUUACCAGCAAGAAGAGACCGGACGUUUUGAGUGUGAACAGUGUGGCAGAAUUUACAAACACGCAACUACUUUAGCCAAUCAUAAAAAAUCUCAUGAAGUGGGUUCAUUCCAGUGUCCUGUAUGUACACGUACCCUACCCAAUGCAGUUGCCUUGAAAAAUCACCUACGUAUCCACACUUUGUCCCCAAGUAGUGUACACGCAGAAGAAGAAAGUGAAGAGGUGCAUGAGGAAGGAAGCCACGAAGAGAGAGACUAUAACCUUGCCCAGGAACUGUCAGACGGCUUUGGGCGCUCACAUUUGAAUCACAGUGGUAUGGGCCAUAGUGUCCUACAAAGCCACAAGACAGACGACCACGACAAGAAAGGUUCCCCUGAAUCAGACGACGCCUGGGACAGGCCCUUCAAGUGUGAUCAGUGUGACAGAACCUACAGGCACCACGGUAGCCUGGUGAACCACAAGAAGUGUCACCAGCAAGGAACUUUUAAGUGCUCUGUGUGUUUUAAACAAUUUACCAACCUGGCAGCCCUAAACAGCCACGAGCGAACUCACUCGAAGUUCAAGCCACCUGGCGCAUCCAUGGUGAGCAACAGCAGCCUCCAUGGUUCUGACCGUGGAAGUGGCACACAGUCAUCCCAGAGUAAUGAUACUGCCUCCUGCUUCUGCCAUCUAUGCCAGGUAACCCUGCCAAAUAAGGCAGAUUUCCAGGAACACAUCCUGCUGCACAACGCAGCCUCACCUUCCAUUGGCCUGCCUCGCAGCUUUCCAGGUAUCAUGCCUCACAGUCUGAGUGCAGUUCGAUCCCCAGCUUACACCCCAGCCCUGGGGGACCCCCUUCCCCUACCACCCUUACCCACUGAAAAAAGGGGUCCCUAUGACCCCAUAAUGGGGCCUCCAGUAAAUAAUCCCAUUUAUACAUGUGCAUACUGUGGUGCAGGGCACCCAGAUCUGGACACUCUGAAAGUCCAUUAUCUAACCCAUGAUCCGCACCCUGCCCCUCAUAGCCAAGAUAGUGCCAUUCUCAAUUCAGACACUCUGAGUUCUGGAUCACAGGGCUCAGUGUCCUCUCCAUCUGGAGGCCGUGUACCACAGGCCAAUUCGUCAGAUGAUGAAGAGCGUCGUUUUAAAUGUGGGGAGUGUGGCAAAAGCUACCGUCAUGCAGGAAGUCUGGUUAACCACAAACGUUGCCACCAAACUGGUCAUUAUCAGUGUACCAUAUGCUGUAAACAGUAUCCACACUUGGCAGCUCUGCACAGCCACUUACGUAGCCACAAGGGGCGGCCCUCCAGUCAGGGCAUUAAUAAUGAUGGCAAUGAUUGGCUAUCUUCAGAAUCGUUAACUCUAGACUCCCAGCAAAGUUAUGUUCAGGAGGGCAGUGGUGCCACCACUCCAAUCUCACUACCAGGGAACCUGGGUGAUACAACUCAUUUUGUACCAGAAGGUGGCCACAGUGGUAGUGGGUUGGAUUCGCUGGAGUUCCAUGACCGUUUUGAUGGCAGCUCACUUUCACAGAGCAGCUCUGCACAUCGGCAAGCUGACCGGCAUGUGUGUGCCGAUUGUGGUGAAAUGUAUGGCGAUGUAUCUGGAAUUAAGUCACACAUGUGUCCCCGACGUGGCCAGCAACAGCAGCCUCAGCAACCACCACAGCCACAACAGCAACAGGGCAGUAUGUCCAAUGGUUUUAUUGGAAAUAUGAACUAUCACAGCUCCAAUGCAUCCUCGCUGCCCUCUGGAGGCUCCAGUAGCCUGAAGGAAGGGACCAGCCAACGUCCAUACUCCCAGAACGAUGGCAAAACAAUAGGAAACAAUGACAAGGAUGAUGAUGAUGAUGGAGAAAUAUAUCAGUGCUCAGUAUGUGGCAACCACUAUGCUAGCCUCAGGGCUCUCAGGAGCCACCUGCGUAGCCAUGCUAACAACCCAACUGGGCCAGGACCUUCCAACUUGGGCCAAGAUUGGAGGAUGAUCUGCUCUACAUGUGGCCAAAGUUUCUCCAGAAAACAAGACCUCCUGAAUCACCAGUUAGUACAUGGCCCUCAAAGGCCAGAUGGCCAACCGCAGACUAUUGGAGGCAACUUGACGAACAAUGAUAAGAUAGAUGGACGCAGCCACAUUUGUGUUGACUGUGGGAUGUUUUUUGCUGACCGACAUCACCUGAUUACUCACUUGUGCUCAGGAAAGAACCGGGCCAGCUCGUUGAGUAAGCAGGGAUUGAACGGAGCUAAAGGGCUAUCUGGGGGAGAUGGCAUCAAUGCUGGAGGAAGUCACGACAUUAGGAGUGAUGGCCGUAGGCCAAUGAUGGACCAAAGUGACAAGCCACACAAGUGUGACCAGUGUGGCCGAGGUUACAGACACCCUUGCUCCCUCCUUAACCACAAGAAGUCCCAUAAAACAGGUGUUUUCCGCUGUUUGGUGUGUCAACGUUACUACAAUCUCUUGGCCCUCAAGAACCACCAAAGGACUCACUUUGACCUGAAGAGGCAUAAAUGUGAAGAGUGCGGUAAGGCUUUCAAGAUCCAAAAGCAGCUGGUCAACCACCUUCGUCUCAUGAGGAGCAUCGGGCCGAAAGGCCUCAUUCGCACGGGUCACGGCUCCCGUUUCCAGCAACCCGGACCAUCUCAAAUGCAGAGUAUACGAGGAGAGUCCUCGAAGGAUCAGGUGAUGGGUAUUAAGUACAACCCUCAGGGCUUCAAGAAGCCAUACUCCUCAGCCGGUACGUCUAGGCCACAGAAGUUUGACCCAGCAGAAAGUGGACGGCGACCGUUUGCUUGUGAAGAAUGUGGGAAAACAUACCGUCACGCUGGUAGCCUGGCAAAUCACAAGAACCUCCACAAAAUUGGGGAGUACCACUGCAAUGUUUGCAACUCCACCUACCCGAACCGGCUGGCCAUGAAAAACCACCUGAGGCUGCAUUUUGCUCAAAAGAAGCACAACUGUCAGGAGUGCGGCAAAGGCUUCCGAACACAGAGACAACUAGCUACGCACACUACAGCCGGCCUGUGCAAAGGCCCGCAGGGCCCCGGGGCCCAGAUGGACUUUGAGUGCGAUGGCUGCUGUGAAGGUUUUGCCACAGCUGAGGAACUUGCAGCUCAUGACUGCCCAGCGCAGCACUUACCUUCCUCGUCCUCGACCAACAGCUCCACCAACAUCAGCAUGGAGAGAAGCUCUGUGGACCUGGACUCUGAUGAGAGACCCUACGCCUGUGACUUGUGCAGUUGUGCCUACAAGCACGCUAGCUCCCUGCUCAACCACAAGCACACCCACAAGACGGGCAAUUUCCGCUGCAACUUCUGUGACAAACCCUACACCAACUACAUGGCCUUGCGGAAUCACAUGCGCAUUCACACACAGCGGAAGAAGCACAUCUGCCACACUUGUGGGAAAGCCUUCCGAUUGGCCAGGUUCCUCCGCAAUCACCAGAAGGUCCACGAAGAGGGCGCCACUCCCUUUGGCUGCCCCACCUGUGGGAAGAGUUUCCAGGGGCGAUCCGGUCUGGCCAGGCACCGCUGCGGGGACAACCAGGUAGGCAUGGAAGGCAGGACGAAGGCCACUGCACCCACAGGAGAGGGCGACGAGUGUCGGUACACAUGUGAUCAGUGUGGUCGCUCCUAUCGUCAUGCCAGCUCCCUCCUUAACCACAAGAACACCCACACUGUCGGCAUCUACCACUGUGCCGUGUGCCUCAAGACCUACUCCAACCUCCUCGCUCUGAAGAACCAUCGCCGAAUUCACUCUGAGAUACGACGGCAUUGCUGCCAUGACUGUGGAAAGGCCUUCCGUGUUUCCUCCCAGCUUUACAACCACCGGCGUGUCCACCAGAAGCAGCGAGAGCUGACCUGCCGUUCCUGCCACCGAGCCUUCCCUACUCAGGCCAGCUUUAGGCUCCACAUGGAGAUCACCCACGGCCAGGCGCCACAACCCCGCCAGCCUAGACCCCAGCAGUCCAGGCUGGCGGGUUCCCAGGAGCUGGGAUGGAAUUCAGGCCUAGAUCUCACUUUGAUGCAGGAGCAAGGACUCCGUCCCAAAGACAUGGCCAAAGCUACAGCCAUGGGGGGCAACAGUAGCAUCAGUAAGACACAUGUCUGCGAUCAGUGUGGGCGGUCUUACCGCCACGCCAGUUCCCUGCUAAACCACAAGAACAGCCACAAGACAGGGACCUAUUUUUGCAGCUCCUGCCAGAAGGAGUUCCCCAACCUGAUGUCCCUCAAGAACCACCGCCGCAUCCACACUGAGCCCAAACGCUACCAGUGUCCUGAUUGUGGAAAAUCUUUUCGAGUCUCCACCCAGCUUAUCUGCCACAGACGCAUCCACACCAAGGAGAAGCCCUUCUCCUGCCAGCAGUGUGACAAGCGCUUCUCAUCCAAGUCCAACCUGAGGCACCACAUGAAGGUGCACUGGAACAGUUCAAUGGCACCACGUCCUAUGGCCACGAGUGCACCAAACUUCCUGGGAAUGCCCAGCGGCCGCUUCGUGUAAGCAGAGGAAUAAUGGACAUCUGACAGGAUGGGGGAUUGUAGCUCUUCCUCCUUCUGACCCUCUUCUUGGUCUCUGUGUGGUUUUGGGAUCUGACUAAAACUGAAUGGGCACUGUACCUCCACUUUCCCUAAUCUGAGGCUUCUUUAUCGGACGUUCCCACAAUGCCGUGUUUCUGUAGUAAUGUGCUUGAUGGACUUAAGAACAGGCAGACAUGAGCUAUGUACCUGAGGUAGUCUUCUUCAGUAGCUGCAUGGACUUGUUGCUGAACCUGCCUGACUCUGACUUUUGGGUUUGGCCUGACUCAGAUCCAGUUGAGCUCACGUCAGACUGCAGAAAAACGGUGAAAAAGCCCAGUUUGUAAAGACGUUCAGCUAACAGACUGUCUAGAGGAAUCUGGCAAAACGCUGCUGUGAGGGAAGUGGCCCACAGAACCCAAAGUCCUGCUCCAGAGUGAUUGUUUUCAUCUUGUCCAUUUUAGUCCAAGGAGCUAAUGGUUCUGGUGUUUCUUGGUUUCUUCCAUCCCGCUUCUGAUGACAUUUAUGUUAUUUUAUUUUAUUUUAAAAAACUUUUUCCUUGUGACUUUUGUCAGCGUAUUCUGUCAGUUUAAACGUCUUCUUCCCAUGUGGCCAACAUGUUGGUGUUGUCAAAAACUUAUGGCUUCUUUUUCUUUUUCUUUUUCUUUUUUUUUUUGUUCCUGAUCAUUUUGGGGGCAGACUGUUACCAAGUUCAGUGUUGAAGUUCUGACAAUUUGGUUUUUAGAUGCUGUUUUCACUUUGGCACCCUGAAAAUCUAAAAUAUUCUUUUGAAAUUGAAAGUCCAAGUUAACCUCUGAGGUUUGUUCCAGUGGAGAAAAAAGCAACAACCCUAUAUUGUUCUGUCAAAUAUUUACUCUGUUCAAAUUAUUUACAAUUUUGUAAAAAGCACAUCUAUUAAAAUGAUUGUCAUAAAAGUAUAAA